GAACAGGUGAGGAAGCCGGGCAGGUGGCCAGUCCCUGAGCAGGUGCCCGGCAGUGGUGCCCGUAGGGCCCUCCCUGUGUUUGCACUAGGGGCUGGGUUCCCUGGCCCCAGGCAGGGCCCGGAAGAGUGGCAGAGGUAGAGGAAGAGGUCUCCGGUCCUGUUCUCCGACCUCUGAGAAGGCAAGAGAUGGGAAGAGGAGGGUAGAGGUCUGUGGUGCGGGUACAGGAGGGAGGCCUGGCUCCGUUCCUCUGCCUUCUCGGUGGGCCAUUGCUGUGGUUGGGAGACCAGGUGCUUGGGUGGCAGAGAGCUGGGGCUUGGGAGCGGACAGGGUAGGAUUAGAGUGGCCCUGACCAGGAAGAAGGUGUGGGCCGGUGGGAUUAAAGCGGACGCCUGGUGGGCUUGGCACACCAGGGUGCGGGGCGCCCUGAGGAUGCCGGCCUUGGCCUAGGUGGGUGGUCAGGGUCACGGGUGGCAGGGAGGGCUGGUGAGUGAGCCUGGGCAGCUGGGGACCCCCAGGUGGGCGUGCUGAGAUUUUCAGGGAGCAAGGCUGGGGAAGAGGUGGCUGAGGAUCUGGCGGCCCCUGUUCCAUCAGGGACAGCAGGGUGACAGGCCCAGCCUGCCGUUGGAACCAGCUGAAGGCUGGGUUGCAGCAUUUUGUGGCCAGCAGGCUGGAGGCUGUCCUGUGGCAGGACAGAAGUGACUAGCUGAGGGGUCAUGCAGCUGGGGACGGUGUCAGGUGCGCAGCCUGGCCCUUAGGCAGUGGGCUUUGCUGUAGUGCUGCUCUGGGAGCCUGGCAGAGUGGGCAGUUAUUUGGUGACCUAAUUGUUGGGGCUGUGGGCCAGGGACAGCCACAGGGAGCUGUGGGGACGUCGGCAGGGCCACCCUGGAGGUCCCCCAUGGUCCAUCCUCCAGGGACAGCCAGAGCCUGGGUGACCUGGCCCGUCGCAGCGCGGCCUGAUGGCAGCCUCCCAGCUGGCGGCGCUGGACGAGGCAGAGGUGGGGCCCGGGCCGCUGCCGCUGACCGAGGCCAGCCCUGCCUUCCUGUACUCCGAGGGCCAGCGGCUGGCGAUCGAGGCGUUGCUGAGCGAGGGCGCCGACGCCUUCCAGGCCUGCGUGCAGCAGGAAGGGCUGCGGCCUUUUCUGAGUGCGGAGGAGGUGCAAGCUUUGGCAGCGGCCGCUGAGGACUGGACAGAGGCCGGGCAGGAGCCUGGCGGGGCUGCGGGAGCCGCCACCACCGCCACCGGGGCUGUGGGCAGCCUGACAUACUGGCCCGGGCAGUCAGAGGAGCCGGCGCCCCUGCUGCGGCUGGGCUGGCCGGAGGACAGCGCGUGGAAGGGCAUCACCCGGGCACAGCUGUACACCCAGCCCCCCAGCGAGGGCCACCCGCCCCUCAAGGAGCUGGUGCGCCGAGAAAUCCAGGCUGCUCACAAGCUGGUGGCUGUGGUCAUGGACGUCUUCACGGACCCAGACCUGCUUUCGGACCUGGUGGACGCAGCCACACGCCGCUGGAUCCCUGUGUACCUGCUCCUGGAUCGCCGGCGGCUGCCUGAUUUCCUGGCGCUGGCCGGGAAGCUGCGGGUGAACCCCUGGGCCACAGAGAACCUGGACGUCCGUGUUGUGCGGGGCUGCACUUUCCAGAGUCGCAGGCGACGGCAGGUGAGCGGCGACGUGCAGGAGAAGUUUGUGCUGCUGGAUGGCGACAGGGUCAUCUCAGGGUCCUACAGCUUCACGUGGAGUGAUGCCCGCCUGCACCGAGGCCUGCUGACCCUGCUGACCGGAGAAAUCGCUGACGCCUUCAGCCGCGAGUUCCGCACGCUGUAUGCAGCCUCCUGGCCUCUCCCACCCGCGCCCACCCCAGGGCCUCUACUCGGCGUCCCUGGGGAGCUGUUGCCGGCCCAGAGCCCGCACCGUGUGGCCCACCGCUGUCCGGUCGCCCCCGUGUUGCCGCUACCGCCCAACGGCCCCCUGGCCCACCGCCUGGCUGCCUGCCACCUGUUAGAAGGGGACCAAAAGGAGGCCCCUGUGCCAGCGGGGCCCGCGCUCAGCGACAUCCUCCGCAGCGUGCAGGGUGCCCGGACGGCCAGCGGCCCCCCCACCCGGCCCAGCCGGUCCCUGUGGGACCUGAGCCGUCUGUCCCAGCUGUCGGGCUCCAGCGACGGGGACGGUGAGCUCAAGUCCUGGGGCUCCAAGGACACCCCUGCCAAGGCCCUGAUGAGACAGCGGGGCGCCGGAGAGGCCCGGCCCCUAGCCCGGUGCCAGCCCUGGGGCAGCCCCAUGCCCCCGAUCCCUGCCCGCCGCCUCCGCUACCUGUCCCCGACCCGCAGGAGGUUUGGUGACAACGGUCUCUCCAAGCUGGCGGAGCUCAGAGGCAUCCAGCAGCCAGACUGGGGCCCUCGCGCGGGGCGAGGGGGGCGGCCCUGAGGCUGCCGCUCGUGCCCGCGUGGAGCGGUCACAGUCCGGGACACAAGGUCCCCGAGCUUCGGGUGCUGGCACAGCGCACGAGGCCUCAGCCAGGCCGGGACUGCUCGGGGGAGGAGGUGGCUGAGCAUCCCCACGCGAAUAUGGGGAAACGAGGAGGACCCCUCGGGACAAAAGGGGAGACACCGCUCCCACCGCGCCCGGAGCUGUGGGUGAACUGCGUCCCGGAGCGGGAGGGCCCGAGCUUGGGUGCUGGAGGUUUGUGAGCGGGGCAGAUCUGAACAGUGAGCACCUAGCGGUCUCAUGAAUGGAGCACGGGGAGAGGGGGCACAAAGGCGGGAGGACUGGGGGGCUGGGGAGCAAAAGGGAGCGGCUCGCUGGGCCCAGGCCUCCCUUUCUGCAGAGAAUAAACUGUUUCACGCCA